AUCAUGUCCUAAUGGUCUGUUGUCAAGCUUCGCACGAGCUCAAUUAGCUGGAAGCUAGCCACAGCCGGCUGUGGCGGGGGGCUAUGUAGGUAGCAUCUCGUAUUCGGUUGCUCAGCCAUGUGAGGUGUGAGGUGGUUAGUUGGGGCAGUGAAGAAGAUCGUGGGGAUGGAUUGGGGGUAUUGAUGACUGCAUAGGAUGUAUAAAGGCGUGUGACGCUAUUGCUUGGUGAAGUCAUAGCUGACAUACUCAUUGCACCUACACCCAUAAGCCUAAAUCUCUCCAAGAAAACACACAAUACACAACUCCACGACCUCUAUACCACCUACAACAACAAUAAUCACAACCAUGGCAGACACAACCGCCAAAACAAACGACUUCUACGCCCCAGCAUCCUCCUCCAUCGACACCCCACCAACCUACCCUUCAACAUCAGACUCCCCACCAGACUACACAGCCGUCGCCCGCGCCCUAACCACCCUCUCCGAAGGCGACCCCGACGAAACGAUCCCUGUCCCCAUGAUCACCCGGACCGUCGCCUUUUCCCUUCACAACUACAACCCUUUCUCUCGCAAACAAGGCGAAGUACGGCAAUCCAUCAUCAUCCGCCAAAUGAAGCGAUCCUACUACAACGCGCACUACGCCAAAGACGCAGAAGGGAACUUUGUAGGUACAGGGAACCCGGCGCCGGAUCUGGGAUUGGUUUUCGUGCCGGGGAAGAGCAGUAGUGAGGAUAUGCUGAAGCAGGCAAAUGAGGUUGCGCUUGAGGUGCAAAGACGGAGGGGGAAGGGGAUUGGGAAAUAUGGGAUGCCGCAGGAUGAUUGGAGUAGUGCUAUGAUGGGGGCUACGCCUGCGGCGCCCAUUGGGUGAUACCAAAGAAAUAGAUGGUUCCGAUUGUGGCGUUUAGUUAGAGUUCGCAAUUGGGAACUUGAUGAUCAUGCUUUUCGUCUACC